UCUAUAUGCGUCUAACCACACUUAAUGUAAAGUCAAAUAUUAGUAUUUUUAUUUACAUUAAUUCAAACAAUUUAUUACAUUUAAAAUUGCAUAAUGGGUGAUUUAAAAAUGUCCAGCCAAGUAAUAAAGGAGAAAAUUGGCUUCAUUGGGGGCGGUAACAUGGCAAAAGCUAUAUGCGAAGGAAUCAUAAAAAACGGAUUGGCCCAAUAUCAGCAAAUAAUUGUCUCAGGUCCUCACAUUGAAAAUCUGUCGUGGUGGAUUGAACGAGGUGUAACGGCUUACACAGAAAAUGGCCGAGUAGUAGAUGAAGCUGAUGUGAUAUUCUUAGCAAUGAAACCCCACAUUUUACCAUCUGCGAUAGCUAACGUACAUGAAACCUUGGCUCUACCUGUGAAAUCCAAACUGUUUGUUUCCGUGUUGGCAGGAAUUCAAUUGGAGCAACUUGAAAACGUAUUAAGUCCAUUAGAGGAAUGUGCUCGCAUAAUAAGAGUUAUGCCGAAUACUCCAAUGAUGGUAGGCGAAGGUUGCACGGCGUUUUGCCCUGGAAUCAGAGCAACUCCCCAUGAUAUCAUAUUAGUUAAGAAUAUUUUGGAAGUGUCUGGGGUUUGCAAACAGGUUCCAGAAGCAAUGAUUAAUGCCAUUGGAGCUUUGGCAGGUAGCGGACCUGCAUUUGUGUAUUUAAUAAUAGAGGCUCUAGCUGAUGCUGGUGUUAAACAGGGUAUCCCAAGAGCAAUGGCAAUAGAAAUGGCGGCUCAAACCACUUUAGGUGCUGCUAAAAUGGUGUUGAGCACUGGGAAACACACUGCUGUUUUAAAGGAUGAAGUUUGUUCGCCCGGCGGAACUACAAUUGCCGGGAUACAUGCUUUAGAAUCAGGCGGAGUAAGGGCAUCAUUGUUUAAUGCUGUCGAAGCUGCUGCAAAACGAUCUGCAGAACUUGGACAGAAAAGAAACUGAAUAGUUAGAAAAUUGUCGGUCUUUUAAUAAAACGUUAAUUUCAACCUAUAACGUAAAAUGACAGGUUUCACAUGAUUCAUAUGAUCAAAAAAUAUUAUUACACAAUUUUCAAAGGCAAUAACUUUUCAAUUUUCAGUAUUAUAAAAUAAUAGUGUUAAGUGAGAUUGAAUAACCCGAACAUAUUGUUAUUAUUUUUGAAGUAAUAAUAGAUCAUGUAUAACGUUGCCGAUGUGUCUAAUCUGAUGGUCUGUAGUGGACUUAUCUGUUUUCAAUAGUGCAAAUAGCAAUAGUGUUAUAAUUUAACGCCAGUUUAGCUCUGAGUGUUAUUUAGUUUGUAUAUAUCUGCAAUAUAUAUUUUUGAAACUGGG